AUGGGGCUGCUGCCAUGGGUGUCCAGCGCACCGGAGCCUGGCGCGGGGUCUGUCCAGUUUCUGCCCCAAGCAACGCUGGGAAACACGACGCCAACGCCGCAAGAGGGUCCUGGAAAUGGCCUGUGGUUGGGCAGACAGCACUUCGGACCCAGCACUCUGGGAGGAUGGUGUGCGGGAAGCGUGUUACGGGAGCUGCCAGCGGGAACACCAGACUUUGCCUCCCGUCAAUCCGCACCCAGCCCGUCGGGUCGCAGCGGCGGCGGUCGGGCUUUGGGGCCAGACAGAUUGGACGCCGCCAAGGUGGACAUGAUGCAUUCAUCCAAACACCUACAGUAG